AUGGCAGAUGAUGCGGGAAAUGCAGAAAGUGCAGAAAGUGCAGGCUCAACCGUCACAGUGCACACCUUGGCCGAAGCCAUGGGCGUUCCUCAGCCUCAGGUUAUCGUGAUAGACAGAGUCUACGAGGAGGAGAAAGAAGAACAUCUCCCUAGCACAACAGAAGACCUCUGGGUCAGUUCAGCAGACGGCCGAUAUUGCUCUGCGCCUGUACCAAUACGAGUUGGUCCUUUGAACAACAUGCAAACCUUCUACGCAGAGUGGUUCCGAAAAGCCCUAUGCGGAAACUUCAGAGAAGCAAGUGAGCAAUUCAUUGACCUGCCAGAGGAGGAUCCGGCUAUUUUUCAUUUUCUUGUUGCAUUUCUAUACGAAGGUUACUAUGAACCCAUCAAGCCAGCAGCGAGCGUUUUAGAACCAGAAGUCGAUAAGGGAAAGGGUAUUGAAGUUGACCCAGAGCCAGCAGAGGCUUCUGAUUCGAGCUCGUCAAGUAGCAGUAGCAGUUCUGGGAGCUCGGGUACCUCAUGGAGACGCCGGCGUCGGGCUCGACAGACGAGACAUGCUGAGGCGGAAGAAACCCAGGAGAAGCAUCCGGGACAUCAUCGACCGGGUUGCUCGUGUCCUCGAUGCCUCGCGCGGCGUGACUUUUCGAGAUGCUGGCAAUGCGGGGCUCAACGAUCCCGCGAGGGCAAUACUCCCGUGCCAGUGCCUUAUGGUCGAGGGGCUCCAAGAAGAGGGAUCCAUCCCCCAGGUGUUUUCCCUCCUCCUGUCAGCAUUCCGAUGCCUCCUCAACAGAGCCAACCGGAGCGUAUCACAGGAGAGGAUCUUCGGACGUGGUUCCUGGCGUAUGAGCUCAACCUCGACGUUUAUAUUUGCGCGACACGUUAUCUUAUGGACGACUUUCGAAAGGCAGUGAUGCGGUCGUGUGUCGAUAUGCUCGAGACAGCAGGCUGGGAUGCUGCACAACCAAAGGUGAUGCAUCUUUGCAGAAAGCUAUAUCGCAGCGUGCCAGAAGUUGAUGACUUGCUCAAGAUGGUCAUGGCACGCGUUGGGUUCCUUCAGCCGCUUCUCUGGAAGCGCGCGCCUGUAGAGACAAGUGAGUUCUUGGUUAGCAACCCAGAACUCGCUGCUAUCAUUCUACGAGAGACAGUCAUGAGGCAUUCGCAGCCGACGGCGGAUUUGCCAUCGAUGGAGCAUGUUCAUACUGCGGCUUAUGAAGACGAGUGGCAGAACUUGGGUCGUUCGCCUGCGCGAACACGAGCCUAUCACUAG